ACCGUUCCUUGUUCAUCAUUUUCCUAUAUUUUCUCUUUCUCAUCAAUCUUUCUAUAUUUUCUCUAGAUUACAAUUAAUUAAUUAAUCUAUAAUCUAUUUUUCAGUAGAUUAAUUUAAGCACUUUUCAUUCAACGUACACCGUUAGAACCGGUCUAUCUAUCGUCUCAUCUCAUCUAUCCAAUUUCAAUUUUCUUUCUUCAUUUUCAGCGCUUUAUUCCUUUUUCCCCCUUUCUUCGUUUCUAGGGUUUUUCUUUUCAAAUUUCAAUUCAAUUCAAUUUCACACAAUUUUCAAUUUCAAUCGCAACGACGUCGUUUCAAGAUGAUGCCCCCGGGCCUCGUUUCCAAUCUUCAAGAAGCACUUCUCAACAGAAAAAUCACACCUUCACAACAAGAUGAAUCAAACGACACCGUUUCUUCAACCAACGAUGAUAACCCUAAUCCCAAACCUAUCGAAUUCGAUGAAUCCAAACCUAUUAUCCUUCUCACAAACAGCGAUGGAGUUGAAUCAUCAGGUCUCACACACCUAGUUGAAGCUCUCGUUCUUCAAAACCUUUACAAUGUCCAUGUUUGCGUUCCUCAAUCGGAUAAAUCUGUUUCUGGUCAUUCUGUUACGAUUCGAGAAACCGUGGAAGCUUGUUCUGCUCAAGUUAAUGGGGCCACUGCUUUUGAGAUUUCAGGGACUCCUGUGGAUUGUGUUUCAUUGGCUUUAUCCGGGGCGUUGUUUUCAUGGUCAAAGCCUGUUUUGGUUAUUAGUGGGAUUAAUCGGGGAUCAAGCUGCGGUCAUCACAUGUUCUACUCGGGGGUUGUUGCUGGAGCUAGGGAGGCAUUAUUAUGCGGUGUACCAUCAUUAUCAAUAUCAUUAAACUGGAAGAAGGAUGAAAGUCAAGAAACUGAUUUCAAGGAUGCAGUUGAAGUCUGUUUACCGUUGAUAAAUGCAGCUAUCAGGGAUGCUGAAAAGGAAACAUUUCCCAAAAAUUGCUUUCUGAAUAUUGAAAUUCCGAGAUCACCUUUGAGCAACAAGGGCUUUAAAUUGACCAAGCAAAGUAUGUGGAGAUCCACUCCAAAUUGGUUAGCUGUUUCAAAUAGCCGCUAUCCAACUGGUCAUUUCUUGGCCAAUCCGCAAGGUGGCCUAGGUCUUCAGUUUGCACAGCUUGGCCGAGAUGCCUCUGCAGCUGGUGCAGCUCGCCGGUUGGCUACGCAGAAAAAGAAUUUGGAGAUUAUUGAAUCAACUGGAGCUGCAGGAAAACCUGAUACCAAUAAAGUGAAGAAAUACUUCAGACUAGAGUUUUUGGACAAGCAGCAGGAAGAAAUAGACGACGAUGAUCUGGAUUACAGAGCACUUGAAAGUGGAUAUGUUGCAGUGACUCCUGUAUCUCUUUCUCCUCAUACUGCGAGUGAUAUUCAAAUGGCAACUUCUGAUUGGGUUUCUGCUGUGAUUCCUGGUGGACAGUAAAUUAAAAAUUCAGUGUGAUUGUGUUAUGUGUACAUCAGAGAUUUAUGAUAAUUCUUUAUUUUCAUUUUUCUUCCUUAAAGCAAAGAUGGAGCAGAAGUGGUAGUCACUCACACCAAUUCAAUAGUUGAUUUCAAUUUGUACUCUUUUAUUUUUACAUUUUUUUUGUUUCCUUCUUCAUUGUUUCAGUUCCUUUGGUCACUUAGUUAUUUCUUGAUUUGAAGCAAAAGCUUCUUGUAAUUUCUUGGGCAUGUUUUAGAAAAAUGCCAUUUGGUCUGUUUGUAAUAUCUAUUUGCUAGCAAAAAACUGGAACAACGUGUAACAUUUUGUUCAUUUCUUCCAGAUAGUUAAACUUUGGAUUGAUUAUUUAUUGAAA